AUGGCACCAACACACCUCUCCACCGCGACCUCCACCUUCGCCGGCCGCCCCGCAGCUCUCUCGCCGCGGCAGCCGCGCUCUUGGGCCCCGGGGUCCAGGGCGGGAUCCAGGGGCGGAUGCGUGCGUUGCGAACGGUGCCUGAUCGCCAACACCAAGGGCGGCGGCCAUGCGUUCAUCGGCCUGCACCUGGCCAAGAGGCUGCUGGCCGACGGGCACCAAGUGACGAUCAUGAACGACGGAGACGAGGGGAAAUUGACAGGGAAGGCUCCAUUUUCGGAGUAUGCAGCAUUGAAACAAGCAGGUGCUGAGAUCGCUUGGUCAGACCCUACAGACCCAUCUACUUAUCCAUCGGGGGACUUUGAUGUAGUGUACGACAACAACGGCAAGACUUUGGACGCCUGCAAGCCACUGAUCGACACGUUUAAGGGCCGCUGCUCACACCAUGUGUUUGUGAGCUCUGUGGGUGCUUACGAGGCGAACAGUGUGGAGCCGAUGCAUGUGGAGGGUGAUGCCAGAAAGGCGUCUGCUGGGCACGUGGAGGUGGAAGGAUACCUGAAGUCACAAGGCGUGCCCUACACCAUCUUCCACCCUCUGUACAUCUAUGGGCCCUACACAGCGAAGGACUGUGAACAGUGGUUCAUCGACAGGGUGGUGAGGGACCGGACUGUGCCCCUGCCCGCGCCUGGCAUCCAGCUCACCUCACUGACCCAUGUUGAGGAUGUGGCAUCCAUGCUGGCCACGGUGCCUGGCAAUGCCAACGCCGUAGGACAGGAGUACAACGUCUGCAGCGACCGGUGCAUCACAUUUGAAGGAAUCGUUGGUGCUGUGGCUGAGGCUCUGGGCAAGGAAGCAAAGGUUGUGACAUACGACCCAAAGGCGUUGGGCCUUAAGAAGGGGGAGGGGUUCCCAUUCAGAACCGUCCACUUCUUCGCUUCCAGCGACAAGGCCAAGCGCGAGCUGGGCUGGGCGCCCAGCCACGACUUCAUGAAAGAUGUGAAGGACUUGUGCGACGCGUAUGUGAGCAGUGGACGCCAGAGCCAGGACGUGGACUUCAGCUUGGACGACAAGAUCCUCACUGCGUCAGCUUGA